GCCUCGGGAGACUUGCCAAUCAUAGAAAAUCUCUGGAGAAGCUUAACAUCGCGAUUGCGAACUGCACUUUCAACUCUAGAAUACAACACUCAAUCAAAAGCCAUGAGACCACGAAACUACAUCUGCGCUACUUGCCUCCGCAAAAGAACCCCAUACAUCUCCCACCGCACCGUCGCAACAACAUCAACACCAUCCACCGUAAACCCCUCCAAUCCAAAUUUAUUCCCCUUCCACGCCCUCACCCCCUCCCAAAUCUCCUGCUACUGGGACACACGCAUCCCCAAUGAUCACCAACUCGCCUAUGCCAACUCCCUCUUCACCCCUUCCCGCCACUCUCCCAUAAAAUUAUGGUCCGCCAACAGAUUCCGCACAAUGCCCAUGUCCUCUCUAGAACCCGAAGUCGCGUUCCUGGGUCGCUCGAAUGUUGGGAAAAGCUCGUUACUGAAUGCGAUUAUGGGGAAGGAGAUAUGUUGGACGUCGUCGAAGCCUGGAAGGACAAGGGAAAUGAAUGCAUUUGGGAUUGGGGGGACGAAAGGUGGAGAAAAUAAGAUUGUGUUAUUGGAUAUGCCGGGGUAUGGUAAGGGGAGUAGGACUGGGUGGGGGGUGGAAAUUAUGAAAUAUUUGCAGGGGAGGAGGCAACUCCGCCGCGCCUUCGUCCUAAUAGACAGUGAUCAUGGUCUCAAACAAACAGACCAUGACAUCCUAGCCCUAUUCCGCCGAUACGCCAUCCCCCACCAAGUAGUAAUAUCCAAAGUCGACAAACUUCUUAAAUCAAAAUCCGGUGCAUCAGUAGCAAGUCUCGCUGCGUUGCAGGACAGACUACAAAAUCUGCGACCUGUUGUUCAACCUGACGGUCGGUUUGAGGGACCCGGUGCCUUGGGUGAGAUUCUCACAUGCAGUACGGAGCCGCGGACGCGCGUUGCGCCAGGACACGGACAGUUUUUGGGGAUUAGUGCGUUGCGUUGGGCGAUUUUGUCGGCUGCGGGUUAUGGGGGGAGUGUGGAGGUGAAGGAAGAUCAUGUUGUGUCUUCUGAGAGUUCAGGGUCGAAAGUACCUGAUUUUCAAUUUUGAUUCUAUGCUGGGUAUUGAAAUCCGGUUCUCGAACAACAGCCAGAUAUCAGGCUACUAAAGUGAUAUGCUGAUGGCCUCGCUCGUCUAAUUAGGCAUCCAUGCUCUGCACAAGGGGGCAGUUAUAAUCCGCUAUGUAAAGCCAUCCAAUCCAGUCUAGCUUGGAUUCAUGGCAACCAUUUGAACUAAAUCCUUGUGGUUUCUGAGUUGGAUUUUCAAGGCCCAGAAGGGAAGCACACUGUGUAAUGACUUGCUACUGGUUCGACAGGGGAAAAAGUACUAUAUGAAUCAGAAAGGAUGUAGCAGAGACAUACCAUUUGGUCAACGUAGAAUCAAUCCAAU